AUGGAGAGUGGUAUUACUGCAAAUUCUUCUAGUUCUGUGGAAGAUUUAGACGAAUCACCUAAGACAGAGAGGCGUACAUACAGCAGUCUGACUUCAUAUUUUCCGACGUUAUCGGUUCAAAUCGAAAAUGCUUGCAUUAAUGAAAAUCCACGUGGUGGUGUUCAAGAUAAAAAUAUUUGGGAACAAACGUCAGAUGAUUCGGAUAACGAUCCUAAUUAUUGUCCUGAAGAAGAAGACAAUGCAAAUUCAUUGGAAAUGUACAGCUCCCAAAACGUUAGCCAGAAUACUAACAACCAAUCUUUAAAGUCUAUUAAUACUAGCAAAAAGUCAUAUGACCUGAAUAUCACAGGACUUAAUCCCUGUGACGACAAUGAAAUGUACGUAGACAGCUCUAAAGGAAGAAGUGGUGCUAAUAAGGCAAACUUCUGCAUCUACUGUCAUACAAAACAGAAAAAAAUUGCUAGACAUUUUGCUUUAAAACAUAAACAGGAAGAAUCUGUUAAAACCUUUUUAGAUUUACCAAAAAAUAGUAAAGAAAGGAGGAAGUGUAUAGAGGUUCUAAGAAACAGAGGGAAUUUUCUAUUUAACACAGAUAAAAAUUAUAAUGAUGGUGAACUAAUUGUAUGUAGGCGACCUACUCGAAAUCAUCGACGUGAGGCCAACUACUACAAACCCUGCAGUAAUUGCAAGGCAUACUUUGCAAAAAACACUUUACGUGACCAUUACAAAAAAUGCACAAAGGUAAGCAGCAAGACAAGCAGAAUAGUUAUGAUAGAAAGUAAAAGGGUUAUAGGACGUAUACACGCAAAAGCCUCAAAAAGAGUCAGGAACGAACUGUUUCCACCAUUAAGGGAAGACGGUGUAGUACGUAUUAUUAGAUAUGAUGAAUUAGUGAUAAUCUACGCCAACAAAAUGGAAGAAAAAUACAAAAACAGUAGACAUUUUGAAAUGAUCCGGCAACGGAUACGAUUGGUGGGUCGAUUUUUAACUAGAAUGCGAUCAAUAAACCAAGAUAUUACAGAUUUAACUUCGGUGUAUGAUCCCAAAUAUAUAGACGAUACCAGAAUUGCUAUUAAUGCAGAGGCAGGUUUAGAUGAAAAAACGGACAUUUAUAAAACUCCGACCGUUGCGUUUAAUUUAGGUACCCUUCUUAAGCAAAUCGGCCAAAUGUUAAUAAACGAGUCAAUAAAAAAACAUGAUAACGAGACACAAAGUAAUGCAGAUAAUUUUUUGCAAUUGCUAAAUCAAGAGGUUGCAAUUGGUAUUAAUAGAACUGUUGCGAAAUCUCAGUUUCUAGAACAACGAAGGAAAAAACUAGAAUUACCAUCAAUUGAGGAUAUAAAAAAACUGCAUUAUUACUUAGCCAACGAAAGACGUAAAGCGUUUUAUAGUCUUAAAACAAAAUUUUCUAUUGACUUCUGGACAAAACUUUGUGAAACUACAUUAACUUCCAUUCAGGUGUUUAAUAGAAGAAGAGCCGGAGAAAUUGAAAGGAUAUUAAUAAAAGAUUUUGAAGCACACGAGAGUGUUGAUGAAAAUACAAACAAAGAUAUAUUUAAUAGUUUAUCAACUGAAAAACAAACCUUGGCGAAAAAAUAUGUACGAUUCCAAAUAAGGGGUAAAUUAAACCGUAAUGUUCCUGUGUUGCUCGACCAACAAUUAGCUGCGUUAAAUUAA